UUGACGCGCGAGCCUCUUUGAUGCUUGAACGAAGCAAUGGCAUGAUUUAUUUCUGUUAUUAGUACGAUAAAGUGGAGAGAAGCACAAUGAGCGCUGGUGAUCAUUUCCGUGGAAGCUCAAACUAUUUCCAGAGCAGUCUGGUCGUUUUUUGGGUUGAUUCAGUUGCCACUUGUUUUUCUCGUGACGCAAACAAACUUUGUGUCUCCGUGGGUCUCACCUUGCUUUCUGCGCUGCUCUUGCUGCUGUCAUGUCUUCUGGUCGUGAAUCACAAGCGCAAUUUUCGGGGAGAAAAUGCGAGAGAAAACAUAAUUGUUUUCUACUGCUUCCUCGGUAACCUGUGCAGCACAGUAGGAGCCAUUCUGUCCAGACAGCUGCAUAUUCAGAUUUUUAUGGGCGCUUUCGCUGCUGCUGUGGAUGCACUGAAUUGUAUUUUUUGCUGCUGUCCAGUGAUUCUGUGCUGGAACUCCAAACCAGAAAGAAGGCUGCGGAUGUUGAAGAGGCGGAGAAGACAGCAUCUGCUGGCAGUGUGUGUGCUGAUGGUGGUUGCGGGAGGUUUUCUGAAGUCCAGGGUCACCCACUCUCCUGCAUUUGGGCCUGCCUUAGGGAGGACACUGCUGCAGGACCCUUUCCAAGCCUCCAGCUGGAGUCCGUCAAUGGACUACACAGAAAUCCUGGGAUACAUACUUGGGCUGCUGUCCUUCGUCAUCGUCUUUACCUCCAAGUUCCCUGCUCUCUGCAGAGCAUGCAGAGGACAGAUGCUAAGCCAGGUCUGUAUCAUUUCUGGACUUUUGUGCUCACUGGCUGGUGGCCUGUACACGGCUGCCAUACUCCUGUAUGACACUCAGUUUGGGUAUCUUAUGAGAGUCAUGCCGUGGCUUCUGUCAUCAAUAGGCUGUGCCACCCUGGAGCUUCUUAUUUUAGUCAUCUAUUGGGCCAAGAAGCAAAGCAGGCAGCAGUCUGUGAGGGUAUCUCCAGACACAGAGAGACUUUUAUGUGGCAUCCCUGCAGAGGAUAACGCUGUCAUAAAAAGACAGAGAAAAACACAAAUACCUUCAUCAGCACAACCAAAAGACAGAAAUGUACGGAAAUUGACUGAGAUGGGCUGUUAUAUGGAUGUCAGCGGUCAACCUCAACAAAAAAUGAUCCGUGAGGAGGUGAGAUUGUCUAAGAAGGAGGUGGAGAAUUCACCGCUCAGAGUCAAAAGCCUUUGCUCCACAGAUACGUCCUAUGACUCCUCAACAGCCAGCUCUGAUCUGGAGUGGGAUUUUGAAGCUGUGAAUGCAAAGUGGAGUCAUCCAACAGCAAAACAACAAGAGGGGAAUGAGUUUCCGCUACAAGAGUGGCUAACAAACACCAAACCUUGUUCCAUGUCUGCACUCCCACAGAAGACUGAGUGUGAAUCUACUCUAAGCUUAGCUAAAUGAGUUCUUAUUCACACACACGGUGGAUUCAUUUGAGAUUGAAUAAAAAGUGCAAACAUUG